UCAAGAAAUUCAAAGCGAAAGAAGAAGAAGAAAAAGCAAUCAAAUUUCAGACAAGAGAAGCAGCUUUAUCUAAGCUUGUUUCUUUUUCUGACCUCGCUUCCAACCCCGGCCCCUUUCAUAGUAAUUAAUGAUUCUAUGCCACCUCUCUCUGUGUCUCUCACAACUCUUUUCUCAAGGUCUUUAAAACCGCAAAACAACACUUGAAACAUCUCCCCCCCCCACCCUUCUCUCUUUCUUUGCUGCUUCUUUCUCUUUCUCUUUCUGUGUGUGUAGGUAAAAUCUUUUGUUUCUCUUGCGCGCUCAGACGUGGUGCAGAAAGUUGUGUGUCUCAGAUCCCGAUAAACACCCGGCCCUCUCUCUCUCUCUCUCGCUUUCUUAUACACCAGUAACGAUAAAACUGUCUGCUUUCCUCUCUGUCUCUCCAUCAAACGCAUACAAAGACCACAACUACACGAGAGUUUAUUUUGUGGUCCUUAACCUUCAAGCCCAUCUUUUUUAUUCUAUUUUUUCAAACCCUUUUCGUUUUUAUCACCCAUUUGAUUACAAAAAGCUAAGGUUUUUAGUCUUAUGGACAUAGAAAUACAAGAAACAAGCCUGGGAAUGAUGGGUGGUGGCGGUGCUGGUGGUAGCAGUGGUGGUUUAGGUGGUGAAAUGGGAAUUUCCGGCGAGCACAGCCGCCAGCUCAAGGCGGAGAUAGCCACUCACCCACUGUAUGAGCAGCUUCUGUCGGCCCACGUCGCGUGCCUCCGUGUCGCCACUCCGAUUGAUCAGUUGCCGUUGAUCGAAGCGCAGUUGCAACAGUCUCAUCAUCUUUUGCGCUCUUAUGCCUCGCAGCGUAGCCAUUCCAUCUCUCCCCAUGAGCGUCAGGAGCUCGACAGCUUCUUGGCACAAUAUUUGUUGGUUUUAUGUAGCUUCAAAGAACAGCUUCAACAACAUGUCAGAGUCCAUGCCGUUGAGGCUGUCGUGGGUUGCCGUGAAAUUGAAAAUACCUUGCAGGCCCUCACUGGAGUGAGCCUAGGUGAAGGUUCUGGUGCAACAAUGUCAGAUGAUGAGGACGAUCUGCAGAUGGAUUUCUCUCUUGAUCAAUCUGGUGCUGAUGGACAUGACAUGAUGGGAUUUGGUCCGCUGCUUCCAACAGAAUCUGAAAGGUCAUUAAUGGACAGAGUUCGACAGGAAUUGAAGAUUGAACUGAAGCAGGGUUUUAAGUCAAGAAUUGAAGAUGUUAGGGAGGAGAUCUUAAGAAAAAGAAGGGCAGGGAAAUUACCAGGUGACACAACAAGUGUGUUGAAAACUUGGUGGCAGCAACACUCAAAGUGGCCUUACCCAACUGAAGAUGACAAGGCAAAACUUGUAGAUGAGACAGGCCUGCAGCUGAAGCAAAUCAACAACUGGUUCAUCAACCAAAGGAAGCGCAACUGGCACAGCAGCUCUCAGUCGGUGACCUCUCUCAAGUCCAAGCGCAAAAGGUAGACAAAAUCAUGUUAAUUACAUGUUGCAAACCAGGCAGCAAGAAGGACCAACUUACUUUAUGUCAAUAUAUAGCUGUUCUUGACCAUGGGGGAGGUAAAUAGGGUGGCUGACUCUUGUACUUGGAAGCUAUGAAGGAACCGUUGGAAUUGAAGUUAGUUGAAUUCAAAAUCGGGUACAGAAUGUAAUAGAUGGAGUUUUAAAUAGCUUUUACAUAGCUUACAUAUAUAUGAGGUUGUAACUUCUUGGUUUUAACUGGGUAAAGAUACUUUUUACUACA